GGCUGUCUGUGCUCUGCACUGUAGAACUGAAUGUGUUGCAGCUGGCUGUGGGGAUAACUGUGCUUCAUAGAGUGCUGGAAAUAAGGCAUAACGCACUGGUUGUAGUUUUGCAUUUAACAUUGCAUGUCUUUUAGGGUUGAUCUUAGCAGUUAUCUCGUCAUUGGAGUGAAUACUGUCCUGUGGGUUCUUGUGAUUUAUCUUGACUUAAGAACGAUUGUUAGAGACUCGUACACUUCGGGUCAACAAGGAGAAUUUUGCUGUGUACCAGGAAGUCUUUCCUCAAGUUAAAGCCAGCGUGACUCCUGAGUGGUUGAGACAUUCCUUUCUAUAUUAUUUUGGAAUUUAAUUGAGGUAGUCUUUGCUCCUUGGCAUCCAACCCGCAUCAAGAUGCCGCUUGCACAAACCGAACCUUGGACCAGCAUGGAAGUAGUCCACCUGGACACUGAGGUGAAAUCAGAAAUAACAUGGGUAGAAAAGGAUUACAGAAACUUGGUGGUUCAGGAUGAAGGUGAUGUGAAAGAAAUCAAUAUCACUUGCCAUGUGAAGGAGGGCUCUGAGAAGGCUGACCCAUCACACUUUGAGCUGCUCAAAGUCUUGGGACAAGGAUCCUUUGGCAAGGUGUUUUUAGUUCGGAAAAUAAUGGCCCCUGACAAGGGUCAGUUGUUUGCCAUGAAAGUUCUAAAGAAAGCAACUCUCAAAGUUCGUGAUCGUGUCAGGACAAAAAUGGAGAGGGACAUCUUGGCAGAUGUUAACCAUCCAUUCAUAGUAAAAUUACAUUAUGCAUUCCAGACAGAAGGGAAGCUUUAUCUGAUCCUAGAUUUCUUAAGAGGAGGAGAUCUUUUUACACGGUUAUCCAAAGAGGUAAUGUUUACCGAAGAUGAUGUGAAGUUCUAUCUCGCAGAGCUGGCUUUGGGACUGGAUCAUUUGCACAGCCUUGGAAUAAUCUACCGGGAUCUCAAACCAGAAAAUAUUCUUCUUGAUGAAGAGGGACACAUCAAACUUACAGAUUUUGGCCUGAGUAAAGAAGCUGUGGACCAUGAGAAGAAGGCCUACUCUUUCUGUGGAACUGUAGAAUAUAUGGCCCCUGAGGUGGUCAAUCGACAGGGACACACACACAGUGCUGACUGGUGGUCUUUUGGAAUCCUAAUGUUUGAGAUGCUGACUGGUUCUCUCCCAUUCCAAGGGAAGGAUCGUAAAGAAACAAUGACCCUAAUUCUUAAAGCUAAACUAGGAAUGCCUCAGUUCUUGAGUACAGAAGCCCAAAGUUUGUUACGAGCCCUUUUCAAGCGAAAUCCUUCUAAUCGAUUAGGAUCUGGACCAGACGGAGCAGAGGAGUUGAAGCGGCAUCCUUUCUUUUCAACGAUCGACUGGAAUAAACUUUUUCGAAGGGAAAUAAAGCCUCCUUUCAAACCAAUUGUGGCCAAGCCAGAUGAUACAGCAUACUUUGACUCUGAAUUCACAUCAAGAACUCCAAAAGACUCUCCAGGAGUGCCGCCCAGUGCCGGAGCCCAUCAGCUGUUCAGAGGUUUCAGCUUUGUAGCCACAGGUUUGAUUGAGGAGGAAAAGUGUCUACCAACCCAGUCAGCCUUUCAUCCUAUAGUAAAGCAAUUACAUGGGAAAAAUAAUCAAUUAAGUGAUGGCUACUUUGUGAAGGAGGAUAUUGGAGUUGGCUCGUAUUCAGUAUGCAAACGCUGCAUCCACAAAACAACAAACAUGGAAUAUGCUGUCAAGAUCAUAGAUAAGACUAAACGAGAUCCAUCAGAGGAAAUUGAAAUCCUGCUUCGAUAUGGACAACAUCCUAAUAUCAUCACGUUGAAAGAUGUAUAUGAAGAUGAAAAACACGUAUAUCUGGUGACUGAGUUAAUGAGAGGAGGAGAACUUCUAGAUAAAAUUCUCCGGGAAAAGUGUUUCUCGGAGAGAGAGGCCAGCGCUGUGUUGCAUACUAUCACAAAGACUGUGGAGUAUCUGCAUUCUCAGGGGGUUGUUCACCGGGAUCUGAAACCUAGCAACAUCCUCUAUGUAGAUGAAUCUGGAAACCCUGAGUCUAUACGGAUGUGUGAUUUUGGGUUUGCAAAGCAACUGCGAGCUGAGAAUGGACUUCUUAUGACACCCUGCUAUACAGCCAACUUUGUGGCCCCAGAGGUCCUGAAACGUCAAGGUUAUGAUGAAGCUUGUGAUAUCUGGAGCCUGGGGAUUUUGCUGUAUACCAUGCUAGUUGGAUACACUCCUUUUGCCAAUGGGCCCGAUGACACCCCAGAAGAGAUCCUAAAUCGAAUUGGCAGUGGGAAGUUCAGCCUGAAAGGAGGAAACUGGGACACGGUUUCUGACUCUGCCAAGGAUCUAGUGUCAAAGAUGUUGCACAUUGAUCCUCAGCGACGUUUAACAGCUAAACAGGUGCUUAAUCACAUCUGGAUAACAAAGCGGGAUCUCCUGCCCCAGAGCCAGUUGAACCAUCAGGAUGCCCACCUUGUAAAGGGAGCAGUGGCUGCAACAUACUCUGCGUUGAGCAGUUCCAAACCACCUCCAAAACUAAAGCCCAUUGAAAAUUCUAUCUUGGCCAAGAGAAGAGUGAAAAAAAUUCCCUCAACCACUCUUUAGUGUGAUUGUCAAGCCGAACAGUGCAGCUCUGCCGAUGCUAUUUGUCUUUAGUGACCCUGCAACACUGUGUGCGAAAGCUGUGGCGAUGAGCACUUAAGAGUAAUGACUUUUGAAUCAAAAAGGGAAUGAGAAAGAACAAGUGAUGGAAAGACAAAAGGGAAGGCCAAGUGCCUUUAAUCAAAAUAAGGAUUUUUAAAAGACAUUGAUGAUCAGCUGUUUUCCCGUGGACUAUGCUUUAUUGAUAAUGUGAUGAUUCUUGCUCCAGUUAUUUUAAACGAGGUGUAUUGGAGAGUGUUCAAGGGGAUUGUUGCAUUUAUGGUCAAUCAUGUUGCUCGACUAGUAUUGAGAACUUUCAGUAUUUCCCCUUGGGCAACAACUUUUAGACAUCACACUGAUUUUCUAGCUUUACUGUAGAAUUGGAUUCAUAUGCUUUGUUUGAAUACACAAAGCAGUAAAAAAAUAUUGCUUCGUUCAUUAGUGCCACUUGUAUUAGUGUUCUGUGUUUGAACAUUGAAAUAUUCAGCAAUGGGAGGAGUACUUAACACACUUUUCUGAAAGUGUCAGCAUGUCAGUUAAUUUCUGACUCCUACCUCUCCCAAGGCGUAGGAAAGAGAUUCACCGUGCCUUUUUUUUUAUCACAGGUAAUCUGAUCAGCUGGGCAUGUGAAACUGUUGUCAGAAAAUAAUGUGUGUAAAAAAAAUGUAAUUUUGAGCAGCUUGCUAGAUAACCUAUAGUUUUGUCCUGCAGUCGGUUAAGUUCACAUCUUUCUGACCCUCCUUUACACAUUUAUCUACUUACCAGAUGAAUAAUGAGCAGAGGUUUAAAUAGGACCAGAAAAUAGACCUGGCGUACCACAGGUGUGUGCUUGCUGAGGAAUUGUAUGGAAAGCACUUCUGUGAAAUUGAUUAAAAUAGAUGAGUCUCCAACAUUAUUGUUUGCAACUGUUUAUCAUUGUUCUAGCAAAAGCAGCUGAUUUUUAUGAGCAUGCUCAAUGUCAAACACAGACCCAUAGCUGACUUUGUGAAUUGCUUGUCUCUGUCCAGGGCUGAUCUUUGUAUGUUCAACUCAAAUUUAUCUCUUGUAAGCACAAGGCACACACAGCAGAGUUUGUUCCGAGCAUGCUCAUUCGAAAUUGCUGUGUGUGUCUAAUAAUGUCAUUAGUGGAGUCACUGUAUGACUUUUUGUCAUGUAAAAACAAUCUCUUUUGUAUAUGAAAAUUGUCUCGGCUAUCCAACCUAUAUAAGAGUGUUCAUUUGAAUGUGCGGCACAAUCUGAAGUUGCCCAGUGAUAACUCAGGGGUUACUUUAUGUAUGUAUAUAUUAAGGAAGACAAAACACUUUUAAUAAAAAAAUGCCUCUCAACUGA